AUGGUCGAUACAAUGCAGGCAGCCGUGUUGGAGGAAUUCGGUCAACCUUACAUCUUGAAACAAAUCCCUCGUCCACCUCAGCCAAAGGAUCAUGAUAUUCUUAUCAAAGUCCUGGUCGCAUCAUACUGCCAUACUGAUGCAAUUUUUGCAUCUGGUGCUAUGUCAAAAGAUCUUCCGUGCGUCGGCUGUCAUGAGUUUGCAGGUGAGAUCGUUGCUGUUGGUGGCAAGGUAUCAAAAUCCUUGGAGAUGUCACCUGGAAUCCGCGUCGGGGUUCCUGGACGCGCUUAUAAUCCCUGCUCGACCUGCUUUGAAUGCACCAACCCAGAUAAAGACCCUAUGGGAUAUUCACCAUUCUGUCCACAUGCCGGAAAUCUGGGAUUGACGAGGGAUGGCGGCUUCCAGGAGUACUGCCUUGUGGACAGUCGACAGGUCACAAAGAUCCCUGACGGUUUUCCCACAAACCAGGUUGCGCCAUUGAUGUGUGCUGGUCUUACAGUUUGGGCUGCAUUGCAUCACGAAAGAUUACGCCACGCGAAGAAAGUGGCCAUUCUUGGCGCCGGUGGCGGCCUUGGGCAUCUAGGCGUUCAGUUUGCAGCCCAUCUUGGACUGUCUGUUCUUGCAAUUGAUGCCAAUGAUAAGUCGCUUGCUUUCCUUCGCAAGGUCAAACAAGAACUGGAAUCUGCAGGAGACAAUGUACAAGUCGCCGACGUUCGAAAAGAUGAUGUUGCUUCGAUGCGAGCGAUGAUGAGAGAGACAGGGGAUAAACCGAUGAAUGAGCUUGGGUUGGAUGCAGCCAUUAUCCUACCCGAGUCGCAAGCAGCAUUUGAUACUGGAAUAAAAUUGCUGAAGAACCACAGCACAAUGGUGAUUGUGAGUUUCCCAAAAAAUGGGUUCCACUUCAGUGCACACGACCUGGUCUUCCGCGACAUCACUCUGGUUGGUAGUCUAGUCGGGCGAAACUACCAGCUAUCUGAGAUGCUUUUGUUCUGUCAAAAGUUCAAGGUUUCGGCAGAUGUGAAAACAUUCCCACUUUCACAGAUCAAUCGCUUGGUGGAGGAAUAUCAUAAAGGGGUCAGCGGAAAGCUUGUGGUUGAUAUGAAGCUAUGA